CGGCCCAGAGAGCAGUCAUAGUCACAUGAUAAAAGCGGUAGUAAGCGAGUGUAGUUGAAACGUAUGCGAGUCGAGAAACGAUUCAUUCCUGUUUAGAGUAUAAUUCUACUUGAUUAGCGACAAAAUGGACGACAAGAAGAUGAUGUGUGGAGGGCUUGGAGACGCUCAAAAUGCCAGCGAAGAAAUCCAGAUGAUCUGCGACGGCGUGAAAAGUCAAGCAGAGGAAAAAUCUGGCAAGAAAUACGACGUCUUCAUCGCCAAGAGGUUCAAAAAACAGGUCGUGGCUGGUACCAACUUCUUCAUAAAGGUGCACGUGGGAGGAGACGAGCACGUCCACCUUCGCGUCUUUAAAAGUCUUCCGUGUCAUAAUAAAGAACCGGAGCUGGUCGCCAUCAAGGAGCGCAUGACACACAGCGACCAAAUUGAGCACUUUUGAAGGACAAACAUUGAGAGAAGCCUCAGCUUGUCCAUCUAUACAACAAGUGCAUUAAAAAAUGUCAUGUCAUGAUCAUGAGAAAUGUACUGUUGAUCCUGACCAUUUUAGCAUGGGUUGCUGUAAUAAAAUUC